CUGAAGCAGAGGAGAUCUUUCCUACCUGUAACGAUAAUGAGAUAAUUGAUUAUCUGAAAAGACUCUUAAAUCCUGAUAUGUACAAUCAAAAGCACGUUGCUGACUUAACACGCAAUGUUUGUAAUCAUCUAGCGCAAAAAUUGGAAAGGUUUCCGACUAUUAACGAACUCCCUGAUAUUCUUGCUAGUUCAUUGAAAGUUAAACUUCCCAUACCACAAGGUCGCAAAGGUACUGAUCUAAUUGCAAACUUUCCAGAUAUUCUGUGUUCAAAUACUGAAGUAAACGCUGAUGAGCUAUCUGUGAUUAUAGCUUCUGCCCUUAUAACCAUGCAAUCUGUAUUUUUUACCACAUCAUAUGGUGAAGAUAUGAUGCAUUAUAUUAUUGAUACACUUAUUCGAGCUAUUUUGGGUGUCUUUCACAACAACGACUACAGUAGGAAAUUGUCGGUCGGAUUUUUUUUAUGCUGGCUUGAGGAUGUGCUAUUUUUGAAAGGUAAAGAAAAGGCAUCCCAAAACAGCUUUAAUGCUGCUCGCAAUGAACUAACUGAAAAAUUGGGAAAUCUUGACCCUAUAUAUUUUGGUGGAGUAAGAUACAUCUUUUGCUAUGUAGCUGCUGGUAACAAGUUUCAAUUCUAUGUUAUUGACAAGCAAAAAUCAUUACAUGCACUACGUCAGGGACUCACUUUAGUGAUUCAUCGAUUGAAAAUAAUUCAAAUGGUUGUUAACAUUAUCCGGGUGAUGGUUACUGCAAAUGUUGAAAAGAUCCUACCAAAAAACGUUCUGCCACUGGGAGAAAUUCGCCAAAAGGGCAGCACUGAAAUUAUUUUUAUGGAAAAUUUCAUACUUUCGACACGAGGAUUUCAUUGGGAGCUCGGAACCGAAGAUGACCUUCGGCAGGCUGCAGAGGACAUUCUCCAUGGUCUUCAUGAGUUACAUAUUAAGGGUUAUAUCCACCGUGACAUUCGGUGGGAGAAUGUUCUUCGAGUAUUAGAUCAUUCGGUCAAUGGAAAUGAAAUCAAAAUAUCUAGUAGUUGGGAUCAUAAAACACUAGAAAAUGGAAAAUAUACAAAGGCUUCUGAUAUGUAUGAAUUUGGAAAAUUACUUAAUGCACGUAAUUUAGUGGAAUCUUCAACAGGACGCCAAUUCUUAAAAAAACUUGAAGAACAUCAUGCGACUCGUAUGUCUGCUAUUCAAGCGCUUCAACACUCUUGGAUCACAAGAUGUUAA